UUUUUUUCCAGUUUAUGUAUUAUCGUUUUCUACAUCCAAGUGAUCAUGUUCGUGUUAAUACAAAACAUAAUAUAGCAUCAGUUAUACGUAUACGACCAUUACCACGUUUUAAUCGUUUAAAAAAAUCGAAAUCAUGUGAAGAAAUGAUUGAUCAUAAUGAAUUACAAAAUCAAAAUGAAAAUAAUGAUCUUAAUGAAUCAAUAUCAUUACAAGUGAAUACAAAUUCUAUUAAUGAACGAUGGCAUAAUCGUUUUUCAAAAGAAAAUAGACAAAAACUUAUUUCACAACAACAAGCAAUUGAUCAGAAAGUUAAAUUAACAAGAGCACAGAAACAAAUCGAAGAAGCAAAUAAACGUUCACACCAAUCAUCACAUAGUGUUAUAUCAAAGAUAUCUACAAGUCUCAAACGACCAACAACAAUAUCAAUUUCUACACCUGGUGAACAUUUAGAUAAUAGUAGUAUAACUACAACCGAUACUCAUUCAUCUUAUAUUGAAAAUCGUAGUAGUAGUAGUCGACGUCAACCAUUUUUUAAUGUAACACGUGUUUCGUUAACAAGAUCACCACAUCAAGAAUCAUAUGCGAAAAUGCCACAAGAAGAUGAAGAAGAUUUUGAUAAACCAUCUAUAUCAUAUAUAUCAGAUAAACGAACUUCUCAACAAUCAAAAAUGUUUAGUAUUAUUGAUGAAGAUGUACAUAUAUCAGAUGAUAAUCAUAAUAAUAUUUCUUCACAUAUUAAUCAUAUUCAUAAUGAAGAUGGCGAAGAAAUGAUUUUAACUGCCGCAAAACUCACACCUCUUGUUAUAUCAUCAACAACAAAUAAUUCUCGAUGUUAA